AAAGACCACGUAAGGUCGCCGCUGCCGCCGCCGCCGCUCGUCCUGGUCCUGCUUCAGCCCAGUCAGGAGGCUAGUCCGCAAGGCGAGGAAUGGUGUGAAACUGGGGAUCAAAACACUCCCUGCACUGCCUGUUCUCUGAGCUCCAGAUGAAGCGGAGACUUUGCAGACAAGAGAACCUAAGGAGGGAGAGCAGCAGGAGGAGUUGGCAUUUAGCCACAGAGCUUCAAGUCUUCCCAUCCAUAGGUGGCCAAGCACCAUCAUUUUAAAGGUCGAUCUCCUUUUCCUGCCUUUAGACACAAAGGUAUUUAUGAGCCGCCAUUUCUUAUACUACUGCAGUGAACCUACCCUGGAUGUGAAGAUUGCCUUUUGUCAGGGAUUCGGGAAACAAGUGGAUGUGUCAUAUAUUGCCAAAUAUUACAACAUGAGUAAAAGCAAAGUUGACAACCAGUUCUACAGCGUGGAAGUGGGUGACUCGACCUUCACAGUUCUCAAACGCUACCAGAACUUAAAACCAAUCGGCUCUGGGGCUCAGGGAAUAGUUUGUGCUGCAUAUGAUGCUAUUCUCGACAGAAAUGUGGCCAUCAAGAAGCUCAGCAGACCGUUUCAAAAUCAGACACACGCUAAGCGAGCUUAUAGGGAGCUAGUCCUCAUGAAAUGUGUGAAUCACAAAAAUAUUAUCAGUUUAUUAAAUGUCUUCACACCACAGAAAUCUCUGGAGGAGUUCCAGGAUGUUUAUUUAGUAAUGGAGUUGAUGGAUGCCAACUUGUGCCAGGUAAUUCAGAUGGAACUAGACCACGAGCGAAUGUCUUACCUGCUCUACCAAAUGCUUUGUGGCAUCAAACACCUUCAUUCUGCAGGAAUCAUUCACAGGGAUCUAAAACCAAGUAAUAUUGUGGUAAAAUCUGACUGCACGUUAAAGAUCUUGGAUUUUGGACUGGCCAGGACUGCAGGCACGAGCUUCAUGAUGACUCCCUAUGUGGUUACACGGUAUUACAGAGCACCAGAAGUCAUAUUGGGAAUGGGCUACAAGGAGAACGUGGAUAUAUGGUCAGUAGGAUGCAUUAUGGGAGAAAUGGUGCGCCACAAAAUCCUCUUUCCAGGAAGGGACUAUAUUGAUCAGUGGAAUAAAGUAAUUGAACAGUUGGGAACCCCCUGCCCUGAAUUCAUGAAGAAACUGCAGCCAACAGUGCGGAACUAUGUGGAAAACCGACCUAAGUAUGCUGGCCUCACUUUCCCCAAGCUUUUCCCAGACUCUCUUUUUCCAGCUGAUUCCGAACACAACAAACUCAAAGCUAGCCAAGCCAGGGACCUUUUGUCAAAGAUGCUAGUGAUUGAUCCAGCCAAGAGGAUAUCCGUGGAUGAAGCCUUACAGCAUCCGUACAUUAAUGUCUGGUAUGACCCAGCAGAAGUGGAGGCGCCACCUCCGCAGAUAUAUGAUAAGCAGCUGGACGAAAGAGAACACACAAUCGAAGAGUGGAAAGAAUUAAUCUACAAGGAAGUAAUGAACUCUGAAGAAAAGACCAAGAAUGGUGUAGUAAAAGGACAACCUUCUCCCUCAGGUGCAGCAGUGAACAGCAGCGAAAGUCUCCCUCCAUCCUCAUCCGUCAAUGACAUUUCCUCCAUGUCCACAGACCAGACCCUGGCGUCGGACACUGACAGCAGUUUGGAAGCUUCUGCAGGACCCCUCGGUUGUUGCAGGUGACUAGCCGCCUGCCUGCGAAACCCAACGUUCUUCAGAAGAUGAUGUAAUUUAGUGGGAGGGAAAUCAUUGUGGUUAUAGCAAAGAAUCUGAUGAUGGCAAAGAAGAGAAAAAUAUAAAACAAAAAGAGAAAAUUUAAAUACUCAUACACAAACACACACACACA